GAAUUCCCAUCACUAGUGGGAACCAGCAUGGCGGCCGAGAUGUCAGCAGCACUGGACAAAAUGCAAUGUCCCCUUUGUUUUAAAGACUUCACGUCCGCCACAAUUAACGGACACCUCGACCUGUGUCUGCUGAAAAGCGACACUGACAGCAGCAGUCUUUCGACAACAGAGGAAAGUGAACCUCCUCUGAAGAGAUCUCGCAUUAGUGGACCACCGAGCAGCCCCGUUGUCAACAACAACAACAACAACAGCGCGGCCAGCAGCUCGUUCUCCUCCAUCUCCAUGGUGACAGCAGGAGCGCCGUCAUCUCCGGUGUUUUCUCUCUUUCAGACCAACAAAAGUAAAGUUCUAAGUGAACGGAAUGGUUUAUGUUCAAGUCAACAAUCUGCUGUCAACAACAAGGGAGUUAAACGUAGUCUGGUGUGCGAGGAGGAGGAAGAACCAGGACCAGCAGCAGGUACAGAUGAUCUGAAACCGUCUGGAUCAAACACACAGACUUUCACUGAUUUAUCAGCCCGGACUCUGCUGACCACAAACAAGCCUCUGGCGGAGAGGCUGAGACCAAACACACUGGAGGAAUACUUUGGUCAAAGUAAAGUUGUCGGCCAGCAAACACUCCUCAGGUCACUUCUGGACUCCCAGGAGAUCCCAUCUCUCAUCCUCUGGGGACCACCUGGAUGCGGAAAGACCACUCUGGCUCACAUAAUUGCCAGCGGCAGUAAAAAGAAGGGAACAGCUCGUUUUGUCAAUCUGUCUGCCACCAGCGCGUCCACCAGCGAUGUCCGAGAGGUGAUCAAGCAGGCGCAGAAUGAGCUCCGACUGUGCAAGAGGAAGACCAUCAUGUUCAUUGAUGAAAUUCACCGCUUCAACAAAUCCCAACAGGACACCUUCCUUCCUCACGUGGAGUGCGGGACGGUGACUCUGAUCGGGGCGACCACAGAAAAUCCGUCCUUCCAGGUGAAUGCUGCGCUGCUGAGCAGGUGCAGGGUGCUGGUUCUGGAGAAGCUCUCUGUGGAGGCGAUGGGCUCGAUCCUGGACAGGGCCGUGGCCACGCUGGGGAUCAGAGUCCUGGGACAAGAUCCAGCAAAUCCUGAAGAUCAAGACCAAUCAGAUGGCCAUGAGCCAAAGAUUUUCAUUGAACAAAAAGCUCUGGACACCAUCGCCUACCUUUGUGACGGUGACGCGAGAGUAGGACUUAAUGGUCUGCAGCUGGCCGUUCAGGCUCGGAUGAACUCGACCCGGCCCGACCCGUCAGGACGAGAUGGUUCUCAGGAAAUACUAGUGAAGGAGGAUCACGUCAAGGAAGGUCUUCAGAGGUCCCAUAUUCUCUAUGAUAAAGCUGGUGAAGAGCAUUACAACUGCAUCUCAGCGUUACACAAGUCUAUGAGAGGCUCCGAUGAGAACGCGUCUCUCUACUGGCUGGGCCGCAUGCUGGAGGGCGGUGAGGGUCCUCUCUAUGUGGCUCGCAGACUGGUCCGCUUUGCCAGCGAGGAUGUGGGACUGGCAGACCCCGCCGCUCUUCCUCAGGCUGUGUCAGCAUUCCAGGCCUGUCACUUCAUCGGGAUGCCUGAAUGUGAGGUGAUCCUGGCUCAGUGUGUUGUCUAUCUGGCACGAGCACCCAAAUCUGUGGAUAUCUACAAGGCCUAUAAUAAUGUGAAAGCCUGUUUGAGGAACCACAAAGGCCCCUUACCGUCUGUCCCCCUGCACCUUCGCAACGCCCCCACCAAGCUGAUGAAACAACUGGGCUACGCUAAAGGCUACAAAUACAACCCAGCCUUCAACGGCCCCGUAGAGCAGAACUACUUACCUGACGAGCUGCAGGGAAUCGACUUCUUCACCUGGACGCCUUCAUGAGGAGCUGUUGCAAUGACUGAGACACAGCUUGCUGAAAUCGGUUAAAAAAACAAAACAAGGCUGCUGAAUGAAAACCUCUUGUCAAAUGAUCCGUUUUUUUUAAGCAGCUGCUGAUCCAAAUUCACAUUUACAGUUAAGAUUUUGACAUGUCUUUUAAUUAAUUGAUUAUUUGCAAAGGUAAAAGAAGAAUUAAGCGUCCGUCCAUCAGUCAACCAUCAUUAUGUUCAAAUUUCUCUCCAAUUUGACUUUAGUCUGUUGUUUUUGAAUGCAUUAUAAAGGAUAUACUAACCAUUUACAGUUCAUUUACUUCUAAAUAUGUUCAUAAUAAAGUCAUUAAUGUGUUUAAAUAAAUAACAAUAUCAAAUAAAAUACAGUAAAUAUACAGUCUUUGCAUUACCAUGAUAGAUAAUGAAAAGUUUACUAUGUUAAAUAAUGUUGAUUUAUCUUUACCCUGUCCUUGUAACGUCAAACAUUGUUUAAACUGAUUAAAGUGUUUGUUUCUUUCAUGAAUGCUAUAUAUUUUUAUAAUCUGUAUAUAUUUGAUGAAAUACAAGACAAAUAUAAUACUGAAAUG